GUGAAUGUAUUGUUCGAUCGUGAAUGGCGGCGACCACCUCGACCGCAAGUCACGUACAGAUGACAUCACGAACAGCUAUAAAGAACAGAAGUUGUCAAUCACUCAGCUCCCACACCUCAGAUCUAGACUCGUGUGGUGAGUCAGACUCCGCAGAAAUUCCCUCAGUAGCAGUAAAAGCAGAAUACGAAGAGAAUAGGGGGGACGAGGAAACAGACGUGGGCAGCCCGAUCCAGAGUGCGCUUCUGCACAACUACACAAGAGCUGCAGGCAGGGAAGUGGGCAAUCUUUUCGUAGACACUAGCACAGUAACAUCCCAGUUGAGCCAGUCGUUAGUUACUGGAGGAGGGGUGGCUAACUCGGCGAUAGGUUUGCAUCUGGUGCAAGUUGGCAAUGGACAGCUAGCUCUGACGAUGCAGUCCUCCCCAUCCCCGUCUGUCUCUGCUGCUGCACACGCGCACCUCAUGGCAUCCUCCAAGUCACCCCCUAUGCCUCUGGGACAUCACAAUCCCCUCUCACCUGGCAACGCAGUCUCUAUCUCUCCCCCGCAGUCACUCUCGCUGGCCAAUUUUGUUUCCGGAUCACUUUCUGGCAUACCGGCAACAUCAGUGCCCAUCUCGACUAUCAGAAGCAAUCUACACCACCAUAUAUCUGCAAUGGUGCCCGCUGCUCAAACCCACCAUCUAACUCAUCCGCACCACCCCCACUCUCACCUGCACGGCCUAUCCUCCUCGAUCAGCGUGGCCUCUGCUGUAGCUGCUGCUUCUAGCAAUGCAUCCAAGCUCAUCACUUCGUUGCCCCUCCACAACCUCGACUCCUCCGCCGCAGCUGCUGUGGUGUCGUCCUCAAUGCUGCUCAACUCAAACAAGCUACUCCGCAAUUCUCCCACAGAGUCCCUCGGCUCAUCUUUCUUGUCCUCCGCUGGCGGAGUAAUGGGAGGAGUCGGGGAACUAGGUGUGGAUGUGUCCUCCUCCGGUGGGGGCCAUGGGAGCGACAAUCAGCACUCGAGUGACACCUCCCCCAUAUCAAAUAACGGGGGGUCACUCAAUCAGCUUCAGCAGCCCCCCAUAUCUCUAUCCUCGACCCCCCUUCCUCUCCCGCCACACAGCUCACAGCAGUCACACGUGUUGUCACAGUCCCACGAUAUCAAAGGCUACCUUCUGCAGGACUCCUCACUCAUCCCGCAGUCCAUGAACACAUUGUCUCUAUUCGCACCCCUUCCUCCGAAUUCAGUAUCGCCACUGCCGCAGCACUCUCUCCAAAUGGGCGGAGGGGGAAAUAACGGGGGCUCACACUCGGACGUGGGACAGUCCAAUGGACCUGAUGGGGCGAAGAAGCGAGAGAUGCGACUUUACAAGAACAGGGAAGCUGCUCGGGAGUGUCGUCGAAAGAAGAAAGAGUAUCUGCGCUGUCUGGAGAACAGAGUACAACUAUUAGAGAGUCAGAACAAAUCCCUCAUCGAGGAACUCCGGCUUCUGAAGGAACAUUAUCAGGCCAAAGAACACCAGCUGUACUCGACCUCAUCUGGAUCAUCCACCGCAACCACUGCCGCUGGAGCGUCAAGAGGAGCUGAGCAUCUCGAGGACACGUUGACGUCACGUGACAAUGGCGUUGUUCCGGUGUCGCCGCCACCCGCCAAGCAGUUGCAUCUCAUGGAGUCCUCGAAGGAGAUGUACGCCCAAAAUAGUCCUAUUGACGACGAUGAUGAGGACGACGACUCGACAUGAGAGCUAAAAUUUCCAAUUUAGUGUUUUGUUGUUGGCUCAGUUUUGUAGUUCCUUUCCUGUGUCAGACCAUGAGUUCGAUCUGGAACAGUUUACACUGAUAAUAUGCACAGCAAAAAAUGACGGAUUAUCAAGCUGAUUAUAAAAGUCCUAAAAAAAUCUGACACAGUUUCUAGCUUUGAGGCGCUUCAUUUUAGCAGAGUGCUGUUUUCUCGCCAAUUGCAAUUGAUCUCUGAGUGAAAUGUUAGCUGCCGUUCCAUCUUAGUACCUAAUAUUACUUCUAGAAGAAACUUGCCAAAACCUGUUGUGGAUCAAUGUGAAGAAAAUAUAUCUGAAAUGUGGUCAAGUUAAAGCAGCUCGCAGACACGCUUUCCCAGGUGGGUUCUCGGUUUCUUGGACCUAUUGAUGGUUAAAUUAAAUUGAAACCUGCAAAAUAUUAGCUUCUCGGUUCGUACGAGUGGCUGUUCAACUUCUCUAUUGCGAGCUGGUUGAUACUCCGAAAACAGUUUUUCCACUUAUCUGCACUAUCUAAAUGUUGCUAAAUGUUUUCUCAUCCGAUCUUCUGAAUAUUGCAAUGUCUCUUGUUCGCUCUGAAGAACUUGCAGGUCUGUUCUGCGUAUCGCAUAGCAGACUUGGCAUUUCUGGCUGAGCUCAAACUCCUCGUAACUGUCUAAUAAAUGUUCCUUUCUUUCUCGCGUAGCAUAGAAUUUAAUUGAUAAUCUUAGAAUACAAAUCAUACCAAAAGUGCAACUGUAAAAUAAUCAUGUAGUGUAUCUUGGCACAAGAAUAGCCGGUUGCUGCGUUAUUGGCCCAUAAUAAUCACUUGAAUUUUUUCGAAUCUGGUUUUAGUUCGUAAUUUCAACUUAUUUUUUCUCGGCACUCCGAAAACUUUCGAAAUUUCGAUAGAAUAACGACUGAAUUACUGCCACUCAACUGCCAUGUAAUGUUUAUUUGCUGUGCCUGACUUGAAAAUUAGACACUUGGAAUCUAAGUGCCUUUCCAUUUUGUCGGAACAGAAUUUAUUGGAAUUGGAAUAUUAAAGUUAAGGAAUCCCUCGAUUGCAUAAAGGAAUUAAUCGCAUCCCUGUGGUAUUCGAAUUUACCAGCAGUGUCACUUUUGCUGCUGAUUUGACCUUGUUUCUGUUUAUGAUAACUGUAGACGCUUUAGUACUUAUGUGCAUUGGUUAAUUACAUCAAUCCAUCUCCCGUCCUUAUCUGUUUCGAAUCACGUCCAAUCUUAAAUGUGUUUAGCCCUAGCUCAUUCGACCACACGGAAGCUUGAAAUCGAGAAAAAACUUAGUCUUUUUCUUGAUUUACAAGCAGUUUGGUGUGAAUGUUGAUCAAUGGAGCUAUUCUUAUCCUAUUUGUACGAACUUUUAUUUUAUUCGACCUGCAAAGUAGUAGAUUAUAUAUUUUUCACUUAUCUGUUGACCUUCAAAUCAAUUCAUAUUUCAAAAUCUA